GGCGGUAAGUGCCGCCAUUUUCUUUGCGGGCAAAGACCGGGAUAAGUUAGGGGCUCCAGUUUGCCCCGUUAAGCUCAUUGGGGGGCAUGGCUCAUGGCCGCAGCACUUUGGUGACGUGGAAUUGGGGUCCCCCUUUUGGGGCUGAUUAUUCUAGUGACACGUCGAAACUUGCCAAGGCGGGGAAACGGGACGCCGCCUCUGUCCCGGAUGUAAGAUGGCGGCGCGGGGGGGUGGCGGCCUGGCGGGGCGGUCACGUGGUGGGGAGUAGCGCGCGAGCCUCCUUAAGUGAUCUCUAUGGUUCGUCCGGACGCACAGGAGCAGCGGAGCGCGAGACGGGCCGUGUGUCCCUGCGCGCGCCGAGCUACUGCCGCUGCCACCCAACCCGCCGCCCGGCUCGGUUUCAGUUUUACGGGGCUUUUGUUUUAUUCUCGCCUCCUGCCGAGGUGUACGGGAUUUCCCCGAAGGGUGCUGGGGAACGGGUGGCCUCGGGACUUACGGGCUGUGACUUGGUUUCUUAUCGCGGCGCUGGAGCGGGUGUCCUCCUCUGCGGGAAGCGCCCGGGGCGUUCGCCCGAGCGUAGAGCCGGCCCCGCACCGGGUGCUGGGAGCGUGGCGGCGGCGGGGGCCCAGGCGCCUGGCCCGGCCUCCGCCCAGCCCCCACCGCGGGCUCGGGGCGGGGAGGGCCGCGGGCGGCGCAACCCAGGAGACGUGGCAGGAGCGCGGCGGGGACGGUCCCGAGCUCCUGGCGGGCGUCGGGCAGGGAGCGGGAGCGCGACUCGCUGCCUCAGGGACCGUCCUGAUUGCGCUGGCGUCUGGCUGCAAUUUUGCCGCCCAUUUCCUGCUUUCGAGUGGCCCAGGGGACGCGCUCCUCUCGGAACAGUGGAGGAAGCGGCGGCCUCCGCCAGGACCCCUCCGCACCUCCUCUUUCAGCAGAGCGGCCGGCCACGCAGAUGACGCGCGGCCCGGGCGCCGCCUCUGCCUCUGGUCGCCGGCGCUGUCGGGGCGCGCCCGCAGCGGUCGAGCGGCGCGGCGCUGGGCGGGGUCUUCGGGCGCGGCGCGGCGCGGCGGGGAAGGGUCGGGGCGCCGGCCCGACGUCGCGGCGGAGGAAGGACGGAGGAGAGCCGCGGCCGCUUCGCUUGCGCUCGGCUUGGUCCGCUGCCUCCCCGACACCAUGGCCCUGGCUGAGGUAGUAGUUUGUGCUGUUGGUCGGGUUGUGACAUUGCCCGCUGUGGAGAUAACUGCGCAAGCUACUGCCUUGCUAGUGCUGGUGAUGCUCAGCGUCGCGGAGGACAAUGGCUGGGAAUCCCCUUUGUUUUCCGGGGCGCGGGGAUCGCCGCGGAGCCCCGGCGCGCGGCCGCCGCGGAAACCGUUAGUUCUGCGUGUUCCUGGAGGGAGGAAGGAGUUGCGGGGAGUGGGUCGGACGGGCGCGUUUUUUAGAGCUGGGGACAGAGCUCAGCCUUGGAUUCGCUCUUUAGAAGGAAGGAGUGAAAUCGUAUAUCCAGAUGAAUAAGAAAUACAUCCUGUCCUCAAGGAACUUUUCUGUUUGAGGAGACAGACGUGUGUGUAAAUCACAAAGCAGAAGAAAACAAGUGCUGUAUGGAUCCACAUACAGCAACAGGCCAUGGAGCUGCAGAACGCUGAGCAAUCAGUUUCCAUCAGGGCUGAUCAGGGCUCAGGACCAGAGACAGGAAUAACCAUGUUCUCAAGCUGAGAAGCAUGAAAGAAUGGCCAUUUCUGGAUGUAAGAACAGCAUGAGAGAAGUUACACAAAAGGGCAUGGACUUUCAAGGACCAUCUAGUCUAACAUAGGUGUUCUAUAGGAAUUGGGCCAGGGGCCUGGAUGUUGGCGUAAACGAAGAGACUGGAAAUAGGGAGUGGGCUAUGAGUGACCCGCAAGAGUAAGGAGUUUUGACUUUCUCUUUCUUUUCUUUCUUGCUCUCUUUCUUUCUGGAUCAUAAUGCAGAAUAAGGCAUACAACAUUAUAUUAGUUUCAGGGGUAUAACAUAGUAUAUAUAU